AUGGCGAGUGCAGCCGCGAAUUUGAAACACAGGUUGUUGGGCGAAUUCCGAGCAGGAGUAGAAAGCAUCGACGAAUACAAGGAAAGGUUCGAGCUUUACUGCCUGGCAAACGCAGUACCGAUAGGAGACGAUCACGUAGCUCGUAGGAAGGCAAUCUUUCUAACGUCUGUGGGUGCAUCGACCUACAGUUUGUUGCGGACCUUGGUACGACCUCGCCAACCGCAAGAUUUGGAGCUCGAUGAUAUCAUUCAGCAACUGAUAAAUCACUACGAGCCAAAGAAGAUUGUCAUAGCCGAGCGAUUCCGUUAUUACAAGAGACAACAGAAAGAAGGUGAGACUGUUACGGUGUUCUUGUCAGAAUUGCGUCGUCUAGCUAAACACUGUGAGUUCGGAGACAAGUUGUCAGUUGCGUUGAGGGACCAAUUCGUGUGUGGAUUACGAGUAGAAGCCCUACAGCAGAAAAUUCUAGCGGAAACUGACUUAACACUCGAGAAAGCGGUACGAAUAGCGCAAGCUUUUGAAUCGGCAAGACAAGAAACGAUAGCUUUGCGAGGAGACACGCGCAGACACGGAUCAACAACAGACCACGAGACGGCAUUUAGCAUGCAAAGUAGUAGCAGUGGGAGGUCAAAGACAACACAGUCUGAUGUGAAAGUAUGCUACAGAUGCAAUGGCAAGGGGCACGUUCCUGAUAAAUGUCAGAUGAAAUCAAGAGAGUGCUAUCUAUGUCACAAGAAGGGACAUAUUGCAAAAGCCUGCCGGAGUAAGAAGCAAGGCGAUUUUAAGAACAGGAGCGGAGCAACGGGUACCAAGAAUACAAAGUACCAGAAACAAGCCACGUUACAAGUGGAAGAAGAGGAAGUAUGUUCACUUUAUGGUCUGGGAAGUCAGGAUGCAAUCAAAGUCAAUAUGACUGUAGCUGGACGAGAAUUAGAGCUAAUUGUUGACACGGGUGCAACUAUUACCGUGAUUCCCAGGGAGACCUAUGAGAAACAACUAUCUCAUGUCAAACUCCAGAGCAGCAACGUGAAAUUACAGUCAUAUUGUGGGCAGACAUUGUCUGUACGCGGAGAAGCGGUAGUACCAGUACGCUACGGAGAUCAAGAAAUACGAGGUAGAGUAGUUGUCGUCAAUGCUGCAAAUAAGCCAGCAGUGCUUGGCAGGAAUUGGUUGUCACAACUCAAGUUGGACUGGGCAUCUUUAUUUAGCUUGAAUGUCCUGGAUCCCGUACACGAGUUUCCUGAGUUAUUCAAGGAAGGAAUGGGAAAGCUGCAAGGAGUGCAAGCGAAAAUUACUUUGAGUGCCAAUGCAAGGCCAGUCUUUCAUAAGACAAGACCAGUACCAUUUGCGUUACAAGCUAAAGUGGAUACUGAAAUCGAUCGCUUAGUCAGAGAAGGAGUACUGACACCUGUAGAUCAGAGCGAGUGGGCUUCACCGAUAGUAGUGGUGAGGAAAUCUGACGGCAGUAUCAGAUUGUGUGGUGACUACAAAGUAACCAUCAAUGAAUAUUUGGGAAAUAUUGAGUAUCCCACACCAAAUGCUCAGGAUUUAUUUGCUACUUUAGCGGGUGGUCGACGAUUUACCAGCCUUGAUCUAAAGCAAGCUUACCAACAAAUGGAAGUGGAUACCGGGAGCCAAGAGUAUUUAACCAUAAAUACUAGGAAGGGUUUGUUUACUUAUACCAGAAUGCCUUUUGGUAUACGAACAGCACCGAGUAUUUUCCAGAAAACGAUGGAUAUGAUAUUGUCUGGAAUACCAGGAGUUUGUUGUUUUUUCGAUGACAUACUGAUUGUCGGUUCAACUGAUGCUGAGCACGAUGCAAGAGUGAGGCAAGUAUUACAACGCCUAAAGCAAAGAGGAGUCCGGCUAAAGAAGGACAAGGUAGAUCACGAAGGUCUGAAGCCUACAGAAGACAAGGUCAAGGCUAUCAGGGAAGCACCUGAGCCAAGAAAUGUGACUGAGUUGAAGGCAUUUCUGGGGCUGUUGAACUAUUACAGCCAUUUCUUACCGAAUCUGUCGAAUACUCUACAAGCAUUGUAUGAGUUACUUCAAAAAGGAAAACAGUGGAGAUGGACAAGGAAACACAGGGCCGCAUUCAAUGCAGCAAAGAACAAGUUAUUACAGUCUGGUUUUCUUACGCACUAUGAUUUGUCUCGACCAGUCAAGCUCAAAUGUGACGCAUCCCCAUAUGGAAUAGGAGCCUGUUUGAGUCACGAGUUUGAGAAUGGAUCGGAGAGACCAGUGGCAUUUGCUUCACGGACACUGUCAUCAGCAGAAAAGGGCUAUGCCCAAAUAGAGCGGGAAGCACUGGCAAUCAUUUUUGGCGUUCGUCAUUUCCACAAGUUCCCCAUUGGUCGAAGAUUUACACUAGUGACAGAUCACAAGCCUUUGUUCAAAAUUCUGGGACCUAAACAGGGCAUCCCAGCAUUAGCAGCAGCAAGGCUGCAGAGGUGA